GAACAGUCUUUUCCUUUCAAAUCAGGGUUUCCUUUGAUAAAGGGUAAGAAACAAUAGGAGGAUUCUUGGUCAAACCCAGAAAACAUUCUCAGUAGGUUCAAAAUGGGUCAAAACGCUACAGCCCAAGUUAUUGGGCCACUGAAAAUAACGACGUUGGCCCAACUGAAAAGGCAAACAGAACCACAAGUAAGGUAAAACACUGCCCCCACAUUCCGACGAGCCAUAAGGAUGACGGAAGGAAAUUACAGAUCUUCAGUAGCGCCCGCGCCCGGGACAUUAGAUAACGUUACGACCAGUACAAGUUGCUUGCUUUGACUGAUUCUCCGACUCAGAUGUAAAACCCUUUGGAUAUGCACUACAUUUGAGUUCUGGUUUCGUUUCUUAUUCAAGGCGCAAGUUGAUUUAUUAUUCCUUCCUCAGAGAUGAGAGUAUAAGCAACUUCAGGGAAAGAUAGUACUAACCUUUCAAAGUAAAGAUUAAACCACCGUCUCGUUUCUGAAUACUACUACGGCUACUGGAGCUGACAUACAGGUGGUUGUUCGGCCUGAUCUAGGAUUAGUCAAAGUCUUUAUAGUCUUUUUUGGUUUGCUGUGAAGUCUUUAUAGUCUUUCCACGCCUAUAUCUGUUGGAAGUCAAUGCACAUUGGAACAUCUAAGAUAAUUUACAUCAAUCUAGAGAAGUCUAACAAUUGCUAGAGUAAUCUAGACCAUGAUCUAGUAUGACCAUGAUAGCUAGUGAAGUGCUCUGAUACCAUGUCAAUUAUAGAAAUCUAUGAUAUGAUUGCCAGUGUAUUAUUCUCCAAAUUGGAGGAUAUAUAUAGCAGUACAGAUUUUCUAUAGCUAAGUGUGAAAGAUAAAUACAGAAGUCAUUCAAUUCCUGAGGAAGUUAACUCUGUUAAUUUACUGGUCCUACUCCUACAUCUUAGUCCACACUGUAUAAAGAAAAAGUCUCUAAUUUGGUUUCUAAAGGCUGUUAAGUAUAUAUAUAUAUAUCAUAGCCAAUAAUAAAUGAAUAAUACAGAAACUGAAAGUUCAUAUUCUGAAACCAUGUCAUCUACUCGUUUGUACCUCCUUGCAGCUGUUCUCUUACUCUUGUUCUUCAACUUCCAUGGAAGCAAUGCUAAUGCUAGCUUUUCAGCCUCAACAAAUUGCCCCAUGUACAGUUGUGGUAAUGACGUUUAUUUUCACUACCCUUUUUGGAAAAUCGAAGACUCCACAGCCCAUCAACAUUGUGGAUACCCUGGUUUUGGUCUAAGAUGCUCGGAUUCUGGAGAGCCCAUGCUGGGUCUCCCAAACAAUGUCUCCUACUAUGUGAAAGACUUAAACUUUAUUGCAUCCACCAUCACCCUUGUUGACGUUGAUGUUGUUCAUCAAGCAUGCCCUAGGGCAAGACACAAUAUUAGUUUGGGCACGCUCCCAUUGGAUUACUCCCCACUGGAUGUGAACCUGAGCUUCUACUUCAACUGCACUUUAGAUGCUGAUCAUGUUGUGCCUCCUAUAACCUGUUUGGGAAUAUAUGGUAUCAAAAAGUCUUACGUUUUCACGGAGGGAGAGGAACCAGAUGGGUUUGAUUGGUCUGAAAGUUGUGAGGAGAAUGUGGUGGUGACUGUGAAAGAAACAGAGAUUACUAGUAGUAUUGAUGAGUUGAUUGGUUCAUUUGGAGUGGCCAUGAACAAUGGGUUUGUGCUUAACUGGACUGUGGCUAAGGAGUGCGAUUCCUGUGAGGUUAAUGGUGGCCUUUGUGGCUACAAGAACCUUACUGUGCCAGAGUUUCUGUGCUUUUGCAGAGAUGGUAGUAUUGGUACCAGAAACAAUGGCCUCUGCAAGAAAUUAGGUAUGUUUGUCGAUGAUGCUCUCUCUUUAUCUAAUUAUAAAGCUAUGGGUCUGUUUGAGGAUUGAGCUAACAGAUCGAAUUGAAUGGAUACAAAACAAGUAAAUGCUAUAUACCUGCUACCUGAAAACAGAUCUUAGAAUUUUGAAUUCAUUGAAUCAUUUGGCCAAUCUUGAGAUUAUUUUACACUGGUUUGUUCAUGUUGCUAACAAAUUAGAUUUUUUUUUUUUUUU